CCGUCAGUCCGUACUUCAAGGCCCUCUUCACCAACUCCAUCAAUCGCAAUCAGCCGGAAAAUAGGAUCGCCGUCAUGAACGCUCCCAGCGAUAUAUUCAGGAAGCUGAUGGACUUUGCAUACGCCGGUCAUUGCCUCAUCACCGAUGAUACGCUCGAACCUCUGAUACGGCACGCCGAUCAGUACGAAGUGCUCGGCGUCGUGCAGCUCUGCUGUCAAUAUAUAUUAGAUCAUCUGAGUCCUGAGAACUGUUUGGGAAUGCUGCGGUUCGCGAGGCAUUACUUCUGCGUGGAGCUGGAGCGCAGGGGACGUCGUUUCGUGCGUUUCAAUUUUGGCGAGGUGCUUAAAUGCGGUGACGGCGGCAAGGAAUUCGAACGACUUCCCGUGGAGGAUGUCAUCGAGAUCCUGGGGGACGACGAUCUGAACGUGCGCUCCGAAGAGGCUGUAUUCGAGGCCGUGCAGAAGUGGGUGGAGCACGAUAUCGCCGGUCGCGCCCAUCAUCUGCCCGAUCUGUUGAAAGUCGUCAGGAUGGGCAACCUUUCCGCCGAAUACCUUACAUACAGCGUGCUGCAGUGGCCGCCUAUCGACGCCGACAAUGAAUGCAAAUCGUUGAUUGGUGACGUGUUCAAGCUGAUGGAUAGCGCACCGAAAGACGCGACCCUAGGCCAUCAUCCGCAGCUGAGACCCAGAGUGCCGCACGACAUCCUCUUCGCGGUGGGCGGAUGGACAGCAGGCAGUCCGACCAAUUUCAUCGAGACAUACGACACAAGGGCGGACAGGUGGUUGCUGUCGCGAGACAACGACCUCGUGCCUAGAGCCUACCAUGGCAUCUGCACCCUGGACGGACUCAUCUACAUGAUCGGCGGCUUCGACGGCAACGAGCACUUCAACACAGUACGGUGUUUCGAUCCGGCUACCCAUCUGUGGAAGGACUGCGCUUGCAUGUACUACCCCAGGUGCUACGUGAGCGUGGCAGUGCAUGGUGGCAGGAUUUACGCGAUGGGCGGCUAUAAUGGUCGCAUCCGGAUGAGCUCCGCCGAACGCUACGAUCCCCAGGUGAACCAAUGGCAGCAGAUACAGCCGAUGCAACGGCAGAGGUCGGACGCGAGCGCCGCAGCACUCGACGACAAAAUUUACAUCGUUGGCGGCUUCAACGGCACCGAAGUCAUGAACUCGGCGGAGGUGUACGAUACUCUCACAAAUCAAUGGUCGUUCAUUCCGCACAUGAUAUCCGCCCGAUCCGGAGUAUCAUUGGUCGCCUUCAAGGACACCCUGUACGCCCUCGGCGGUUUCAACGGCUUCACCCGACUCACCUCCGGCGAAAAGUACUCGCCAAAUUUUCACCAUCACUGCAGCAGCAGCAACAAUAACAACAGCAUAGGAGGAGGAGGAUUAGGAGUAGGUGGCGAAUGGGUACAGAUAGCUGAGAUGUUCUCGCCGCGCAGCAACUUUGCCACCGUCAUCCUAGACGAGUACAUCUUCGUCAUAGGUGGAUUCAACGCAGGUUCUACAACGAUCAACUACGUCGAAUGCUAUGAUUCCGAGGCGAACGAGUGGUUCGAUGCGGCCCCGAUGAAUCUGAACAGAUCGGCCCUGAGUGCCUGUGUCAUCAGUGGUCUUCAGAACGCCAAGGACUACUCGCUGUUGGGGAGAAGCGUCAGCGAGUUGGGACAAGGGGCGAGCGGAUGUCAAGCGCAGCAAGACACAAUCACCGCUGCAACUACAACACCAGCACCAUAGACGACAAAACCAUACUCCAUUUAGAUUUUUAUUUGAUAUUCAACGGCGCUAGUUGUUUUUAAGAAUAUUUUAACCGUUUUAAUUGUGGCAUUGCCCUCUUACGCAUUAUACUGAAUGAAACUAGACGAAAUCAGAGGCAUGAGAAAAUAAAAUUUUAUAUACAACUUUAUAAAUAAAUACAACUGUGGCCUUUCUACGUCCAUCACCCGCACACUCUCAUAAUUAACACACACUGUCAUAACAUCACAUACCCAAUUAAA